UCAAUAGUAGGGGCUUAACAUGGGUAGCUAAGUAGUGUCUGGCUAAUAUAAAUCAAAGGAUACAGCUGUUGCGUGUCGCUGUUAAACUCGGAUGUUUUUGAAGUACCAAGAGCUACUCGGCUACCACAUUAUUCAACCGAGGAUUAACGUCUUUUGCAAAUUUUACGCUGUUUGGUUUGUCUUUUUGUGUGGCUAAGUACCAUUAGCUUGUUAGCUAGCUACCGUUAAACGUCAUUCAGACUGUUACUACGCUGCUAGCGUCGCUUUGCAUUGGCAUUUGUUAGCUUAUUUGACAGCUACAGCAGCCAGAAUUAACCAAGUUGUCGCCCAGAGACGACACACUUUAGUUCUGCUGGGUGUGUGUGAGUUUAUUUAUGCUACAAACAGGGUGACUCAACAGGAACUGGAUGUGUGGUGAUAGAAAUAGCAGCAGCUACAGCUAGCAGACUGUUAGCUUGUCAACAUCAACAACAAUGGAGUUUAAAAGGUGUUUAAAGACGGCAAGGACGUUUUAUGUAGUGACCAUUCUGCUGAUAGUCUUCGUCAAAGGAACGACCGCUGACGAGGAGCAACACGGGAAUGAAGGACCAGAGCUAAAGUCUUACCAUGACCCAGACUCUGAAGAGGAAGACGUCCGUCUGGUGUCAGAAAUUGUGGCUGGUGCUUCUGUGACCUCUGGUCAUGAAGCCCCUCAGCCAGAGGAGGAGAAGAAGCUACCUGGUGAAGGACUGGAGGGAGAGGAGAAGGAGGACCUGCCAGAGCAGCCUUCUCCAGUUGAGGAGAAACCAAAUGAGGUUCCUGUGGUGAAUGGAGGUACGGCCCAUGGAGAGCCCUGCAUCUUCCCAUUCCUCUUCCAGGGGAAGGAGUACUUCGACUGUACCACUGAUGGACGGGGUGAUGGACGGCUGUGGUGCGCCACAAUCUACGACUAUGACCAGGAGAAGAAGUGGGGUUUCUGUGAGACGGAGGAGCAGGCACAGCAGAGGCUGCAGGCCGAGGAGGCUGAGGAGCAGUAUCAGACUGUGCUGCGCAUGCUCAAUGCCACCACCAGGAGGACCCAGAAGAAAGAAUUAUAUGAAAAGCUGCAGAAGGUAGCAGAGAAGGGCCACCAGAAGGCCAUGGAGAAGGUGGCGUACGCCAUGCUGUUUGGAGACUACAUGAACCAGAACGUCACCAAGGCCAGAGAAAUGUUUGAGAAGCUCGCCAUAGAGGGCUCGCCUAAAGCACAGACGGCUCUUGGCUUCCUGUACGCAGCAGGACUUGGAGUUAACUCGAGUCAGGCUAAGGCCUUGGUUUACUACACCUUCGGCGCACUGGGUGGAAACUUGGUCGCUCAUAUGAUUCUGGGGUACAGAUACUGGGGAGGUGUUGGUGUUCCUCAGAGCUGUGAGUCAGCGCUGACACACUACAGGCUCGUGGCAAAUCAGGUGGCCAGUGAUGUGUCCCUGACAGGGGGCUCAGCGGUGCAGAGGAUCAGGCUGCUGGAUGAAGUGGAAAAUCCAGGAUCUACCAGCGGGAUGUUGGAGGAGGACUUGAUCCAGUACUAUCAAUUUUUGGCGGAGAAAGGAGACGUACAGGCUCAGGUGGGGUUAGGUCAGCUCCACCUGCAUGGAGGACGUGGAGUAGAACAGAAUCAUCAGAGGGCGUAUGACUACUUCACCCAGGCUGCAAAUGCGGGGAACACACACGCUAUGGCUUUCCUCGGCAAGAUGUACUCAGAAGGCAGCGAGUAUCUUCCUCAGAACAACGAGACAGCCCUGCAGUACUUUAAGAAAGCCUCUGACUUGGGUAACCCAGUGGGACAGAGCGGCCUUGGCAUGGCCUAUCUAUAUGGAAGAGGUGUCCCUGUGAACUAUGAGCUGGCACUGAAAUACUUCCAGAAGGCAGCAGAGCAGGGCUGGGUGGACGGACAACUCCAGCUGGGCACCAUGUAUUACAAUGGCAUUGGUGUGAAGCGUGAUUACAAGCAGGCGCUUAAAUUCUUCAACCUGGCCUCACAGGCAGGUCACAUCCUGGCCUUCUACAACCUGGCCCAGAUGCACGCUACUGGUACUGGUGUGAUGCGCUCCUGCCACACUGCUGUGGAGCUUUUCAAGAACGUGUGUGAACGUGGCCGCUGGUCAGAGCGUCUCAUGACGGCCUACGGCAGCUUUAAGGAGGGCGAGACAGAUGCUGCGCUGGUCCAGUAUCUGCUGCUGGCUGAGCAGGGCUACGAGGUGGCUCAAAGCAACGUGGCCUUCAUUCUGGAUCAGAAAGGAGCAAAAAUCUUCAAUGAGAAUGAGACCUACCCUCGUGCUUUACUCCACUGGACGAGAGCUGCAGCACAAGGUUACACUGUGGCAAGGAUAAAACUAGGGGACUACCACUUCUACGGCUACGGGACAGAUGUGGACUAUGAGACGGCGGUCAUCCACUACAGACUGGCUUCAGAGCAGCAGCACAGUGCCCAGGCCAUGUUUAACCUGGGUUACAUGCAUGAGAAGGGUCUGGGAAUCAAACAGGACAUCCAUUUAGCCAAGCGUUUCUACGACAUGGCCGCUGAAGCCAGCCCUGAUGCCCAGGUCCCGGUUUUCUUGGCCCUGUGCAAGCUGGGCCUGAUUUACACUCUGCAGUACCUGCAGGAUCUUAAUUUAAAAGAGCUGAUUUCUCAGGUGGACCUGGACCAGCUCCUGGGCCCGGAGUGGGACCUCUACCUCAUGACCGUCAUCGCCCUGCUGUUAGGCACAGUCAUCGCCUACAGGCAGCGCCAACACCAGAUCAUAGUUCCCCCUCGCCCACCUGUCCCAGCCCCGGCCCCUGCGCCCCCUCCUAGACCACCUCAGGAACAGUCACAAGCCCCGGCCGAGCCCCAGGGUCAGGGAGAGACACAAGCCCAGGAUCCAGCCCAGGAGGAAGAGGAGCAGCAGUGAGAGGAAGCCAGACGCAGUGAGGGCAGUAAAAGACAGACGAGGCUCUGCCAGCCCGCCCCCGGGGAGUGGCCGGUGCUUACCAGCUGAAUACCUGCUAGUUUGAGCACCUCUCCGGCUCCACAUGCUAAAAGAAGACUAAGAUGGCUGCUGAACUGUGCAGUCUCACACCUCCCUUUCUCCAUUUAAAACAUGCUGAUCCUGUGCUGAAGAGAGACAGUGGGGGCGUUUAUGGACAGUGGUACAGAGCACAGCGUUAAGAGGAUAACACGGACUUGGGACUUGCUAGUCUGUGACUCAGGAUACUGCCAGAAGCACCCGUGUCCUCACAGUGGAAACAGCCUUGUGUUUGCCAGAUCAAAUGCAUUUUUGGACUUGACUAAUCAACAUAGUCAACAUAGUUGGAUUCUAAUAUGUGCGUUAGUUUCUUCUCACUCUCCCUUUUUGAGAAAAUCACACUCAGUGGAACUGCUUCCAUCCUGAUUUAGCGCAGUAUUUAGAGGAAAAAAAGCAGACAGAAAAAAAAAAUGACUUCAAAUAAUUUUAUUAGCUGCCCCCGGUCUGAAGAGAGUCAUGUGUUUGCACGUUUUCUUUGAUCAUUUUCAGACUUACAUUUUAGGCACUUUUUUCAGAUUCUUGAGUGAACAAAUUUUUCCAUACAUUUUUGCAUUAAUUAGUUAUUUGUUCAGGGGAAAUGUCAGGUCAAUAUCUUUUCUCAUAACUGCAAUACACUGAGAAAGAUUCAUUAAACAUUGGUAACAGUGCUUAAAUCUACUGUACCUAAGCCAUGUUGUGUCAUCAGUGUGAGAACAAGAAAGCUGUUCCUUGAAUCCACAGAAAGCUGUUCUGGAUAGGGGUGGGUGAUGCCACUAAAUCUGGUUUUGAUCCAACACCAAGUGAUGUAGGGUCAGAAUCACAAAUACUAGGGAUGCCAGAUACAGAUAGCUGACCCUCGUUUGAACUGACCAUAGAGUGGUGCAGGAAUGAGUCCUAAAACCCAGAAGGGAAUUAGCAUUUUAGCACUCCUGGUUUUGGUUAGAUGCCUGAAACAAGGUCUGUGGUUCACACAAGCUUAUGAGACCUUCAUAUUUUGUAGUACAGCGUAACAAACUGUCAGUAAAUACCCCUUAUCGUACAUUUUGAAGCCUUUACGUGUCUUUAAAAAGUCAGUUGCUAGCAUUAGCUUUUUUCUUCUGGUGACUGCAUUUAUGCUUAAAAAAUAUCACAAGAGUAGUGUUUGUUUGGCGAGAUUAUUUUGCUGAACAAAAACAUUGUUAGAAUCAAACUUAUUUACUGCAAUAAUCCAAAAUCCAAUGGAGAAAUCCUGUAGGCUCUUUGUCAAGGGAAUCAGUGCGCUGCUGCUGCUGCUGUUAGCUAAUAAGUAGGGGUGGUGGGGGCUGAGCAUGACUUUUUUUUGUUUGUUUGUUUUUGACUUUUUUAAAUGUGUAAAAUCUCAUUUCAUUGUAGAGCUGCGUGCAAAGUUUUGCUUCGCCCAGCGCCUCCUUUCCCCUCUCUAUCUUGGCACUACUGCUGCUGGAGUUUGAGCUCCACGCCAGGGAUGCUUAGAGUCCUCCUGCCCUGCACACACGCACAGUGACAGGGCUAACUGUUAGCAUCACACAGCUAACGUUACCUAACAAGUUUAACAACCAAAUCAAGCUGUUUCGGUGUCAGUGUGAGUUUGUCGGGACCGUUUAAUGGCUCGGUGUCAGAUGUUACCGCUGCUGCUGUGUUAGCUCCUGCUACCCGGGCAGAAGUUGAACGGACCGCUCUGAUUCCGGUUCACCUCUGCCUCUGUGUGUUUAACUCGCUGAGGCGUGCUCAUGUCCCUGGAGCAACAUCAUGAUGAUGGUGUCGACUCCAGUCUGGGCAGCAGCAGCAGCCUCCAUUGUCUCAUCAUCUCCCCCCGUAGUGCCAGUAUAUCCGAAUAAACAUUACCUUCCCAAACUGAUAUCAAUACAUUUGAUCAUUAAAGCAUAUCUCAAUCUGCUAAAGUAACAGCUAAAAAUGACCAAUUACAGUUUAAAAAUGUCAAAUUAACCUAUGCUGAGGAUCCUAUUUGACUAAAAUAUUAUUUUCACUACUGUAUACCUGGAUAUUCUUUACUUGAGCCUCUGUCAAACGACUCUACCAGCAUCUCCCUCCUCCUGCCUUCUUUUCUGUUGCAGCUCCAAGUUCUCUUUCUUGUUCUUUAUUAUUUGUUCAGCCAUCACUACAGUUGCGUGUUGAUUUAAACUAGUCGCAGUGUGCUGUAUGUUUGAGUGCACACAAUACGACAACAGCAGUGAAGGAGCGAAGAGUACGUGCACUGGAUGUGUUCAUGAAACGGAACAACGGUUUUACUCCUGAAAUACAACUGAUCCUUUACUUUGGUAUCGAUCCCAUCGAGGCUGGAAUUGAUCUUCAGUAUCUGUAGAUAUUUUGGUAUCACCCCUAGUUCUGGAUAGACAUUUAAGUUUGAGCACACUGGUUGUUUGUUACAUUUUCAACAAGACAAAGAACGCGAAGCUGCUCAAGUCAGAGUCACUAAGCUGUCACCGAAUCCUCAUCCCUGAUGCAGAUCCUGUUUUAAAAUUCAUACAGACGUUUCUGUCACUCCCCAUGCACAGCGAGAGCAGAGUGCACAAGCUUUUUAAACUUUAAUCUGAAGAGAAAACGUCAGAAAAACAGAUGUGUGUGUGAUGUAUACAGUCCAGUGACAGAAAGCAGAGAACAGUUUUUGAAGAUGUUCUAUAUGUUUGUGUGAUAUCUUUCCAUCAUCAGGCUUUGAUUUCAUUCUAGUGUUUUGUAUCUCUACAGUUCCUCUCAUCCGCCUUUUUUUUUUUUUAGUUUAUUAAGCUUUGUGUCAGCUGAGGCAGAAAUUGGAGCAGCCUUAAAAAAAGCAGCGCCUCAAACUCUACACUGUUUCUACGUUAGAGGAAGAGGAAGACGAUGAGGAUUUUGUGUGUGUGUGUGUGCGUGUGUGUGUGUGUUUUGUAACACAACCUCAGCUGUUGUGAGAAUAUCCACCCCCUCACCAAAAGUCCAACUUGGAGCUCUGCCUACACUUCUCAGCUCAGAUGGACCUGAAUCUGAGAAAUGAAGCCAUGGUUAGGCCGUACAGUAUUUAUCAAAACCAAAUUAGAAACUUCUGAUUUUGCCACAUUCAGUUUUUUUUCUCUUAAGUCCAUUUGUUCAGUUCCACAGUGUGUGUGCUUGUUGUUAGAGCUGAUCUGCCAAUACGUCUGCAUGAAGUCAAAAAAGGACGAGACGAUAAGAAAUGAUUCCAGACCUGCGUUCACACAUCGAUCCCCACACAGCUCACAGUUUGUCUAAAAUAAAACACUGGUCGAGACGACUGCAUUUUUACCAUCGCAAAUACAAGUUUAUAAAGAAAUUAAUAAAUGAUAUACAGAUAUUUAA